AUGGCGGAAGUGGAAGAAAAACAAACCGAAGCGGCCACCGGUAGCGACGAAGCAACCAAGAAGGCCACCAAGGAGAAGAAACCGAAAAAGGCUCGCAAAACCAAGGAAAAUAAAGAGGAUUCCUCCGAUAAGGAAAAACCAAAAAAGGUCUACCGCAAUGUGGACACUCCGAACGUCCACGACAUGAUCAUCGAGGCGCUGGACGUUCUGGACGAACGCAAAGGUGUGACGUUUCAGGCCAUCAAGCGCUACAUGGAGGACAACUAUCACGUCGACACUACCAAACAGGCUUCGCACGUUCGCAAGAUUAUGGCCAAAUGCGUCGAAAAUGGAGACAUCAUUCGAACACGGGGCGUCGGUUGCAGCGGGCGCUUCAAGGUAAAGCACAGCAAACCGACCAUGAUUAAGAAGCGGCUCGCUCCGGAAGACUACCAAGAACUGCCCAAUUCAAAAAAAGUCAGCAAGCCGAAACCGAAGCCGGAGAAAAAGGAAAUGGCCACCCCGAAAAAAGCUACCCCUGCCAAGAAGGUCAGCACUCCGGCGUCUGGCAAGAAAGGACGCCCAGGCAGAAAGAAGUAA